CCCCCACUCAAAUUGAGCGAAGCUCUUCCAAACAGUUUCAGAAAAAUAUCAGAAACAGAGACAUGGAAACGGCGUCGUUUAAUCCUUCUUCUCCGGCCAAUCUGCCGUCGUUUCUCCUCCUCUUCGUCACGGUAUACCUCGUCGGCUACUUCCUCAUCUUCCGCUCGUGGAAAUCAUCUCAUCUAGGCGCCAGCUGCUUAAUGUCGCUGUUCCACGGCACCCCCGCCGUCGUACUAGCUUCUCACGCUCUGCUAAUAACCCCACGCGCCGUCGCAUCUCCCAACACCGCCGUGGAAUCCUCCGUCCUCGACUUCAGCAUGGCGUACUUCACGAUCGAUCUCCUACACUACCUCAUCUUCCUCCCGAGCGAUUUCCUCUUCAUCCUCCACCACAUCGCGACGCUCUACGUCUUCGCCACGUGCCGAUUCGCCGUAGGUCACGGGGCUCACGCGCUCCUCCUACUCUUGGUCUUGGCGGAGGCGACGAGCGCGUGCCAGAACGUGUGGACGAUCGCUGGGUACAGAAAGAACGACGUCGUGCUGGCGAGGAGGGUGAGAGAGCUUUUGUCUCCUCCUUUCUACUUGUUCUACACUGUGGUUCGUGGAUUGGCGGGUCCGGUGGCUCUGUACGAUAUGGCGUCGUUUUACGGAAGCGGAGCGGCGGAGGGAGCGAUCCCACGGUGGGCGUGGAUAUCGUGGCUUUUUGUGAUUGGCUCUGCUAUUGUGCUUAGUGUUUUGUGGGUUUUACGAAACUGGGUUGAUUGGUUUAGGGAGAUAAACUCUGGCAAGAAAUUUAAAUGACUUCUAUUUAUUUUAUCAACGUUUGGUUGAUAGAACUCUAGAUAUAACAGUGUUCAUAAUAAAUUUAUUUGAUUGUAUUUGUGUAAUGUAUAUCAAUGAUGAUAACAUUGUUAAAAGCUUA